GGGAUCGCUGCUCGCGUGCUGCUCGCGAGCGCGGCCUCUCCUCCCGCCCUGCCAUGGCGCUGCUGCUCGAGCUCCUCCGGCGGCUGCUGCGCURCCUCGGCCGGCCGCGCCACCAGGCCAUGUUUUUUGAAAUUCGCGUAUUUGGCAGCAGUAUCAGUCGUACGCUCAGAACAUGCCUGCCUUCAGCAGUCUCAUCAGGAAGGCAUUUUCAGCAGUUAUAUGCUGUCAUAAGGAAGUAUCAGGACAAGGUCACAUCUGUUUGUCAAAAAAGGGAAUAUGGAUCUGGUCGAAGUGUUGUCCGUAGACUUGGGACAAUUCUUUCUUUGGAGCCCUACCCCAGACCCUAUUUUCAAUUUGUUCAAGACUCACAUCCAUUGGGUUGUGAUGAGCAAAACACAGCUCCAGCUUCUGUAGCUCCAUCACUUGCUGAUGUSCUGUGGGUAGCAAAUGAUGAAGGACAAGCAUGUACUAGACUGAGGACUGAAUUGAGGAGAAAAGAGAUAAGUGCAGAUCCUUCUAGCCUAUAUACUCUAGAUUCAAUACAGAGCAUUCCAAAAAACAGUACACCAAAAAACAGUGUUGAUCAAGCCGCACUCCAGAAAAUUUCUGCUCUUGAAGAUGAGCUGACCUUUCUUCGUGCUCAGAUUGCUGCAAUUGUUUCAGUGCAGACCUUGGGAAGCAUUCCAUCACAAGCCUUUACAACACUCAGGACCCCAGAUGGAUUUUACCCACUGCCAGCCAUUUCUUCUACACCACUGUCCGUCUCUCACAAUCAUUUUGUAAUUCCCUCGCCUCCUCCGCUUCCUUCUGCUGCACCAUCUGCUGUUGAUGCAAGUAAUUCUGCACUGGAACUUAUAAAACAACGCCGAGCUGCAAGUAACAGUGAAUCAAUUGCACCUGACUGUGCUGAUCACCAGAGCACAAAGAACAUUCCCAGUAUGAUGGAUGUUUUGAAAGACCUAAACAAAGUUCAGUUGCGAGCUGUUGAGAGAUCUCCUGGAGGUACUCCUCUUUCUAGACCCAARAAGAGGCAAAGUUCAGAUUGGGAUCCGGUUGCUCUACUAACUCACGCUCUAAAGCAGAAAUUUGCACAUAGUAAUGAUGUUGAAGAUGAUUCCCUGGAUAAAGAAAAUCAAUCUUUUGAUAGCUCUCCAUUUUCUAGUCCUGAGAUGCCAAUGGUUGGACGUUGCAGCCUGAAGCCAAAUACAAAAYCCAGCCUUGCAAGAACUGAUGGAGUUAAGCAGGUACCAGCAUGGAAAGCAAGAGCUCAUAUUUAGUCGAGUGAGACUUUAGUGGAGACCUCCAAGGAAAACUCAGUGUGUAUAAGUGGGGGUUCACUUUGAAACUUCUGUAAGGUGCUGUAAUGUAUUGUUCCAGAACGUAUCUUUCCUGUGCUAUUGAAGUUUGGUUGUUGCAGGGUUUGUAAAAUUAUCUUGUCUUUCUCCUUUUWUUUUUUUUUUUUUGUAAAUGUGAUGCUUUUAUGAGAAGCACAGAACUGAAAGAAGGCUUCCAUUGCUAUGGAACAGUGUCUUUGACACCUGGGAAAUUCAGGAAAGCAGCAUGUGUGUAUGUAAAAAAAGUUUAUUGCUGUGGGAGCUGAGGUAUAUGCUCUGUUUGCACUCCAGUGUAAAUAAUAAGGAAGUGUAAAUUUUUUGUUGGUGUGUUAUAACUACUGUAUAUAAUAAUACAUUUUUUAUGAGAGUGGCAUAGAUGCCUUGGUCUUCUUUGCAGUUUGCUGAUGCCACUCCUUAUUCCAUGUGUAAACAGCUUUCUAAUUUAUUUUGGGUCAGGAGUUAUAAACUUUCAUGUUUGUGGAACUCUGUGCUGUAAGUAACCUGUAAACCAUCUAUUAAAUGCCUGUAAUAUGCCAGAGUUGUGUUCUGAGGUAAAAAAAGACUUGUGUUUGAGAUCUGAUAGCACACAGUCUAAGUUCCAUAUGUAAGUAAAUAUUAAAUCCUAUUUUGGCACGUGCAUUUAAACUCAGUUUUGUUCACAAAAGCUUAUAAAAUAAAUUUUUUUUUUAUGUCAUA